AUGCUCCAGAUACUCCUGUGAUCUCCAUGAGUGGAUCUGCUGUAAUAAAGGAAAACGAUUCAGUGAGUCUGAGCUGCAGCAGUGACUCAAACCCUCCUGCAGAAAUCAGCUGGUUUAAAGGAACAACAUUUGUAGGAUCUGGAAGAAUCUUCAACAUCUCCAAGAUCAGCUCUGAUGACAGUGGAGAAUACAAGUGUAGAGCCACAAAUGAACAUGGAGUGAAAUACUCUGAUGGUGUAACUAUAAAUGUGCAGUAUCCUCCCAGGAACGUCUCAGUGUCUAUAAAUGGAUCUGCUGUAAUAGUGUCUGGAGAUUCAGUGGGUCUGAUGUGCAUCAGUGACUCAAACCCUCCUGCUCUGAACUUCAGCUGGUUUAAGGAGAAUCAAAGCUCAGCUGUUGGAUCUGGACAGAGUUUCAGUGCAGUACAGAGUGGACGCUUCUACUGUGAGGCUCACAAUCCACAUGGAGCUCAGAGAUCAGACGCCGUCACUGUCACUGUACGUCACAGUUGGCAUGUCUGGUUGGGGAUCACAGUGGCGUUUAUAGGAUUAUUACUCAUCAUCCUUAUCAUUGUGUUCAUAAUCAGGAGAAACCGAAAAGCUCCAAAAGCUGAAGACGUCAAUGCGAAACAGGAUGAUCUGUAUUCUAGCAUAACAGAGAGUGGCGUUCGUGCUUCUCAAUCCGCCGAUUGUGCUGAUGCCAUGUAUGCUAGUGUUUCAUCCAGCAAAACCGAAAGAGAUGAAAAUACAGAGGAGAUGCAGUACGCAACUGUCCAGAUUCACAAAAAGAAACCGAAGAAGAGAGCAGAAGAGAACGAAUGUCACUAUGACAAUAUCGGCAUUCACCAGCCGGAUCCUGCGAUGAGGCAGUCAAAUGUGGAGACUGUGGAAGAGGGUUCAGUGAUCUACAGCUGCGUCAGAUGACUGUCAGACUGUGUGAAUAUAAACAAAUAUUAAUUAAACGUUUUGAUUUAAAGUGUUUUUUCCUAAUUUAGGUGUCAAUUUAACAAUUCCUGCCAUAUUAUUUAGCAAAUCAGUUAAACAGAUUGCCAGAGAAUAUAAUAGAAAAGGAGCUUUCGCAUUGUCAUUGGGUCAGUGUUUGAGUCUUUGUAUAUUUGUGUUUGUAAAACAUUUGUUAAAAAUGCAUUUUUUAAAUGUCUGUUUCACAUAUUUCUGAGACUAAAUAAACCAAUUUUAAGUUGUU